AUGGCUGCCUACUUCUCUUUAUUCCUGUUGCUGCAGCAGCUGCUGCUGCGGCUGCUGCUGCAGCUGCUGCUGCCGCAGCUACAGUUCGCGCAAGCAGACCCACCAUUAGAUACACUGCAGCAAUUAGCUGCAGCAGCAGCACGCCGCCCUGGGGACCCUGAUGCUGCAGCAGCAGCACUGAAGCCAGCAGCAGCAGAAACAACGCUGCGAGGCGUACAUGGACAGCAGGAGUCCUCUGCGCCUCUUUCAACAGCAGCAGCAACGGCAGCAGCAACAGCAGAUGCAGCAGCAGCAACAGCAGAUGCAGCAGCAGCAGCAGUAGAACGGCUGCUAAAGGGGCAGCUAGAGCUGCCACUUACAUACAGCAGCAUUCUCUCGCUGCUGCCGCUGCUGCAGCAGCGCUUUCCUCACCUUGUCCGCGUUAAAGACGCAGUGAAGGUCUUCGGUCUGCAGGACGAAGCAAAGGAGCUUAUCUGUGGGAAUCAGACCUGCCGAGUGCCGUAUGUAGAGCUGGGCCUCCGCAGCAGCCUCAACAGGAGCACACCCACAAUCUUUUACAGCGGACUGCUGCACGGAGACGAAGUGGUGGGCCCCACCGUGGCGGUUUAUUUAGUUGCGCUUUUGGCCUCACAGUUUUCUGAGCUUGACGAGGUCAGUGCAUUACUUACUAUCGAAUCGCUUGCUGGUGGUUUUCCCUUUCUUUAA